GACGGUGAUAUGGACGCGAAGCCGGUACCGGACGCGGCCACGCUGCAGCUGGAGCUAGGCUGUGUGCGUGCCCAGCUGGAGGAGCGGACCCGGCUGGCACGCGAGGAGCGCCAGGCACUGCUGGACGAUCGCCGAGUCAGCGCUGAGGAGAGACAGGCCGAGAGGGCCAAACGGGACCAGCGGCUGGCCGCCUACAAUGCAAAACUGCACGAGACGCAGAAGCUGCUGUACAGCGCCAGCCGCGACCUGCUGCGGAUGCACAGCGAGCACCAGCAGCGCGAGCGCUCCUGGAUGGCCGAGAAAGACCAGCUGCUGCGCGAGCGAGAGAUGCUCUGUCAGAACCUCAGCGUGCGGCUGCCGGCGCGCUGCGAGCGCGGCUCACAGGCGGAGCCGGCACCGGGACGGAGCGCCGCGAGCGGACCGGACCGGGCCGACCGGCCGGCCACCGCCAAUAUGGCCGUCAUGGCGCGGGCCAACUUCCAGACGGCCUACCAGAAGCUGCGACAGCGCGCCACCGAACUCAUGCAUCAAUUGGAGGACGCCAACACGCGCUGUGCCCAGUACCGCGAGCAGUGCACGCGACUGGAAAAGUUCGUGUCGGAGGUGCGGGACGCAAGAGAGACGGACCGUGAGGAGUUCAAGGAGCGCCUCUCACGUAUGCGCGACUCUGUACUCACCAUGAAGAACCGGUACGACGAGCUGGAGCGUCGGCGUCGGCUCGAGGCCGAGGGGUUCCGCAGUGACGUGCGUCUCCUGCGCGGCGACGUGCGCGCCCUCGAGAGGAAGCUGGGCAAGCUCACCGGACAGUUCUUCGGAGACGUGGAUCAGCAUGCCAGCAGAGAGGUCUGGUCUCAGAUGUCGCGAAAUCUGGGCAACACGGCCAAAAUUCUGGAGGAGAUACGUCGCUCCAAGACUCAGAUCUACCAGCUGGAGCGGGAGCUGGCGGGUCUGUGGGGCACUGGUCAGCAGGCCGGUAGGUGAUGACCGAUCCUACAGGACCGACGUAGGUCUCACUACUUCGUUCUCACUACUCUCUCGGUCUACGAGUGCAGACACUGAGCACCGCAGUGACUCGCGCCGACAUCAGCUGAAAAAAAACGCCCCAUAUCACACAGUGGUGUUAUGACGCAUGACGAAUUUCGUUGUCUCGAGACAUCCGUGAGGUUUGACCACAGUACCUGAAACUUUGGACGUUCAGAUGGCUGGACAUUGUGCAGCGACGCAUUGGACGCUGCGUUACGCCGGGAACGGCUUGUGGUGCAUGAUGCGAACACAGCGAAACAGCGGCC